GCUGAAAGCCACAUCUAAGCACAGAAGUUCAGUGAGCGAAAGCAGACCUAACGCAGCAGUUUUGGCGACAAGAGAUCGUAGCAUAUAGAAAUGUCUUGGGAAUUUGGCAGAAAGCUAGAAAAGAUAAAUAAGAAGGAAUGCUGGAUCCAGCAGUUAUCUAAAAUCUUGAUUUGUUCUCCUUGAUUCCACAUGGCACAGGAAUGAUCCAUCUCAGCAUUUGAAGCGCGUGAAUCAUGCCCCCUAGAUAGCAGCCUUGCCCUCUUCAUCCCCCCCCUUGGUCCCUUCCUAAACAUUUUGGCUUCAACUCCACCAUCGCCACGUGUGCUACUGCAACCACCAUGCCCCCUAGGAAGAGGACAAGGGCGGGCCUGGGGUUCCUGUGCUGCUUCGGCAGCAGUGAGCCCCCGGAGAUCAACCUAAAGGACAGUGUGCCCUUACAGCUACUGGAAUUCAGUGCCCCCAUGCCGCCUGCUGAGGAGCUGCAUGCUCGCUUCUCUGAGCUGGUGGACGAGUUGGAUUUGACUGAUAAGAAUCGGGAGGCCAUGUUCGCUUUGCCAGAUGAGAAGAAAUGGCAGAUCUAUUGCAGUAAAAAGAAGGAACAAGAGGACCCGAACAAGCUGGCUACAAGCUGGCCUGACUACUACAUUGACCGAAUCAACUCCAUGGCUGCUAUGCAGACCCUGUUUGCCUUUGAUGAGGAGGAAAUGGAAAUGAGAAACAAGGUGGUGGAAGAUCUGAAGACAGCACUUCGAACUCAGCCAAUGAGGUUUGUGACGCGCUUCAUUGAGCUGGAUGGCCUCACUUGCCUCCUCAACUUCCUUCGCAGCAUGGAUUACGAGACCUCGGAGAGCCGCGUCCACACCUCUGUCAUCGGCUGCAUCAAGGCUCUCAUGAACAAUUCUCAGGGUCGAGCACACGUGCUCGCUCACCCGCAGAGCAUCAACACCAUCUCGCAGAGCCUGCGAACGGAGAAUGUAAAGACCAAAGUGGCCGUUUUGGAGAUUCUUGGGGCAGUGUGUCUAGUCCCUGACGGACACAAGAAAGUUUUGCAGGCCAUGGCUCACUACCAAAAAUACGCCGCAGAGAGGACUCGUUUUCAGACGCUGCUGAAUGAGCUGGACAGGAGUACGGGACGCUACAGAGACGAAGUCAACUUGAAGACUGCUAUUAUGUCCUUUAUCAAUGCUGUGCUCAAUGCUGGAGCAGGAGAGGACAACCUCGAGUUCCGCCUCCACCUGAGAUACGAAUUCUUGAUGUUGGGCAUCCAACCAGUGAUUGACAAGCUUCGAGAGCAUGAAAAUGCCACUCUAGAUCGGCAUUUGGAUUUUUUUGAAAUGGUACGCAAUGAGGAUGACUCUGAAUUGGCCAAACGGUUUGACAUGACCCACGUUGACACCAAAAGUGCCGGUGCCAUGUUUGAGCUGGUCAAAAAGAAGCUGAGCCACUCGGACGCCUACCCACACCUCCUCUCCAUCCUGCAGCACUGCCUGCAGAUGCCAUAUAAGCGUGGCGGUAGCAGCAUGCAUCACUGGCAGCUCCUCGACAGGAUCCUCCAGCAGAUAGUCUUGCAGGAUGACAAAGGGGAGGACCCCGACCUUUCACCUUUGGACAACUUCAAUGUUAAAAACAUAAUUCGCAUGCUGGUCAAUGAGAAUGAGGUGAAACAGUGGAGAGACCAGGCCGAGAAGUUCCGAAAAGAUCAUGCCGAGCUGCUUGGCAAACUGGAGAGGAAGGAGCGAGAGUGUGAAACCAAGACCCAGGAAAAAGAGGACAUGAUGAAGACUCUGAACAAGAUGAAGGAUAAACUCCAGCGAGAGGGUGUUGAGCUGCGCUCAGCCAGGGAACAAGUCCUGGAUCUAUCAACACGCAUCAAUGACUGUAUUUCGGUGGGCAACGGUUCUUUCCCACGGCCACCUCCCCCUCCUCCAGGGGCUCCCAUGGCUCCACCUCCACCACCAGUGACAGGUGGCUUUCCUCCACCUCCACCUCCGCCGCCCUUCAGCUGCCCACCUCCACCACCGCCACCUCCUCCACCCGGCGGCCCACCUCCUCCACCAGGAGCCCCUCCCAUUUUUGGAAUCCCGCCUCCCCCUAUUCCAUCUUCUUUCAAUUCGGCAAGCACGCUGCGCUCUAAGUCCAUCCCUCAGCCCUCGCAUCCGCUGAAAUCUUUCAACUGGGCUAAACUAGGAGAGCAUAUGAUCAAUGGCACGAUCUGGAACGAUAUUGAUGACCUGAAAGCUUUCAAGAUCCUUGACCUCAAGGACAUAGAGAAGAUGUUUUCUGCCUAUCAGAGACAGCAGGACCUGCUCACUAACCAAUCCUUCAAGCAGAAGGAGACCGGUUCUAUGGAUGACAUCUACGUCAGCACGCGGAAAGUUAAGGAGCUGUCAGUCAUUGAUGGCCGACGCGCGCAAAACUGUGUCAUCCUCCUUUCAAAAUUAAAAAUGAGCAAUGAGGAGAUCAAGAGGGCCAUCCUCGAGAUGGAUGAGCGAGAAGAGUUGGCCAAAGACAUGCUGGAGCAGUUACUGAAGUUUAUCCCAGAGAAGAGUGACAUUGAUCUCCUGGAGGAGCACAAACAUGAGCUGGAGCGCAUGGCCCGAGCGGAUCGCUUCCUGUUUGAAAUGAGCAGAAUUGACCACUACCAGCAGAGACUGCAAGCUCUGUUCUUUAAGAAGAAGUUUGCUGAGCGCCUUGUUGAAACCAAGCCAAAGGUGGAAGCCAUUCUGAAUGCUUCCAAGGAGGUGGUGCGGAGCAAGAGGCUCACUCAGAUCCUGGAGGUUGUGCUCGCCUUCGGCAACUUCAUGAAUAAGGGCCAGCGAGGAAAUGCCUUUGGGUUCAAGGUCUCCAGCCUCAAUAAGAUUGCCGACACCAAGUCCAGCAUAGAUAGGAACAUCACCAUGUUGCACUACCUGAUCAUGAUCUUUGAAAAGAACUACCCUGACACGCUGCACAUCCAUCUGGACCUCAGCAGCAUACCAGAGGCUGCAAAAGUCAAUUUGGCAGAGUUGGAAAAAGAGGUGCACAGUAUAAAAAGUGGACUGAAGGCGCUUGAAGCGGAGCUGCAGUACCAGCAGAGCAGGACAAGGGAACGUGGAGAUAAGUUUGUGCCUGUGAUUGGUGACUUCAUCACAGUGGCUGGCUUCAGCUUCUCUGAACUGGAGGACCAGUUGAGCGAGGCCAAGGACAAGUUCACCAAAUCUCUGAAGCACUUUGGGGAGGACGAAGGGAGGAUGCAGCCCGACGAGUUCUUUGGGAUUUUCGACACCUUCUUGCAGUCGUUCGGCGAGGCCCGCCAAGACCUGGAAAACAUGCAGAGGCGUAAGGAUGAGGAGGAGAGGCGGGCGCGCAUGGAGGCCAUGCUCAAAGAGCAGCGGGAGCGGGAACGGCGGUCCAAGAAGAGCGGCGCCUCCGACGAGGUCGGAGGGGAAUUUGACGACCUGGUGUCGGCACUGCGUUCGGGCGAGGUUUUUGACAAGGACCUGAACAAAUUCAAACGCAACCGCAAGCGUUCCGUCAACCAGCUGGUGGAGGGCGGAGGCGGCGGCGGCGGAGGGGGGCGGGAACGAGCCGUCACAAAAGCCAACUACUAGGAGGUCGCCCGAAGCUCAGCCCCGACGUGGAUCUCUCGCGUUACCCGUCCCCCCACCCCGUUGGAUGUUGUGUGAUAUCCCGAUCUGACCGCAGGGCGGGUGGGACACCUGGUGCAGACCACUGUGACACAUCUUCACCUGACUUUGACAACUGUGCUUCAACUCCUCGCCAUCUGUCACUUCCCUUUUUUUUCACCGCUUCUUCCCAACAACCCCCCACCCCACCCCACCCUGUCUGGGAUCACAUGGCCACAGACCAAAAAGCAAGACAGCAGAGUGGGAACGAAGCAAAGCUCGCAUCUGGAAACGAUCGAGUGGGAAUGGCAGAGGCUCAAAAAUCGCCAGCCAGGAAUGAAGCAGCUGUUGGUCACAUGACCUCUUUGUUCUCAUCGCAGCAUCAAUGUGUCAAUGUCCACUACCUUGUUCUGGCAGCAACUCGUGCCAAAGUAGAAGAAACAUGUCAGAAAACGUACUGCAAUUAGGCAUUUGUAUUUUCAGCUCAAGAGUUGUUGGUUUUUUUUUUGUUUUUUUUUUAACGUGUUCAUGGCAUUUUGGGGGUUUUGUACUCUGAAAUGAAAUGAGAUUCUAUGUUUUGUUCGUCUUGUUGCACUGCAGCUCCUCUUGUCUCGCCAGCCUACACUUCGCGCGUCCUCUCUCUGGCCAACAAAAGGAACGCCAUUUGGGAAUAUACACAUUUAUACACAUUUUCAACACUUACAGAAGCGUUUUGUUUCCAUGAUCCGCUCCCAGCCUGCCUGCUCCACGCUGGUCAUGGUUCACAAUUCCAAGUAGCUCGCCUCAGUCACAGCCGCCCGUCUAAUUAUUAGCACCAAGAUUCUGCCGGGCUGCCAUUCCAUGUCUACACUUGCUGCAAUGCCAUUGGCCUUUACAGAUUCCCAUGUUGUCUCUAAAUGGUGCACACUGACACGUUGUUGAAAAACAAUCUUUACUUCCAUGUUUCUGCUCGUUUGUAUGUCAAGAAAGCAUUUUGAUUGGCGACCUACCGCUGCAAACAUGGCUUGAUUGAAACACUUUUGCAAGUAGCGAUAGAAGGAAUUGAAUCUAUCCAUUUUGAGAAUCUUAGUAAAUGCCACAAAUGCUGCAGUGUGGGUGGUGGGCUCAGUGCAAGAAUAUUGUAGUUCGUUAUAUCACCACUAGAGGGCAACAUGUUCAUAGGUCAUUGAAGGGGACAAUUUAAGAAAGCUGACGGUGAACUAUGUGAUACUGAAAUAUAACAUGAAAAGACAUUAUUUUUCGCCACAUAACAGUUUAAAAAUCAGUACCUUGGAAUUUUCCGGUGCAUCAAAUAUUUAGUCUGAUGUGGAGCUCAUAUGAUUUGCACCCCCUAUUGUUGAAAAGCACCAGUGUUAUUCUCCGACUAAGUGAAUUAACAGCACCGCAACACUGCUCCCAAGUCCUUCCCAUUCACUUGACUCAACAAGCACUCGGUGUUACUCCGUCAUGAAGUUUUCUGAUGAGGAGAAAAGACGCCGUAUUUUCUGAAGUUUCCCGAAGUUUUGUCCUUCAUCGUGUCACCUUCUUUUGACCACAUACUCACCUUGAAGUGCCUCUGACCCUUCUUUGUGCACAAGUACCAUUCCUCUUUCUGUGUGGUACUUCAAAUGGAUGUCCAGUAUGCUGGUUUAAAAAAAAAAAAA